CGUUCGGUUGUGUAGUAAGCGUGACUUGAAAUCGUAAUAUUCCGUAACGUAAUAUUGUGACUUCGUUUACGUGACAAAAUAAAGUGAUAAAGUAUUUAAAAGUGAGGUGUUUUAUUUAGUGUUUGUGAAUUAAAAAGGAUUUUUGUUUUCUGGGAGGUUUAUAUAAAGAUAACGGCUAGUUUAUUCCUCGACCAGGUGAACAAAGAUUUUGCCGAAAUCCAGUUCGCUGUCAAAUGUCAAAAUGUCGUGAAAUAAGAAUAUGAAACCGUCAACCAAUUUUUGACAAAAUGGCGGCAAGGAUCUUUUUUCUCCUUCUGGUGCUUCUGGUGACUGCUUUUCCUGGCCGUUGUGCUCAUAGACACGGUCAUGACAUAUCCACGGAGUUUCCAGAAGUUUUAGACGCUCAUCAUGACAACACGACACAUCAUGGAAAGGAAAGAGGUGGAUGGUCACAAUGGAGCGAGUGGUCACUGUGCUCGAGGACCUGUGACGGUGGCGUAUCCAGACAGCUCAGAACAUGCUCCUCACCCUCAGGCUGUCGUGGAGAGCCAGUGCGAUACAAAAUAUGUAAUAUGCAGCCAUGUCGUGGAAACAUAUCUCUUCUAGAAGAGGAUAUCUGGCGGGAACAGCAAUGCAGUGCUCAUGAUAAUACGCCUUAUGGAGGGGAGCUCUUCCAUUGGACCGCUCACAGAGAUGAUGACGAACCUUGUGCUUUAACUUGUCGUGGAACUCCACAACAUUCCGGACAAAAUCCUGAACCGACGGUGUCUUUAGAUGAAGAAGACAGGGUCGUGGUAGCGGUACUAGCGGCGAGGGUAUCUGAUGGUACUCGAUGUAGACCGGGCAGCCUAGAUAUGUGCAUCGAUGGGAGGUGUCAGCGAGUUGGUUGCGACCUCCGCGUUGGUUCAACUCGGCGCGUCGACGAAUGUGGUGUUUGUGGAGGAGAUGGGUCUUCUUGCUCGCGUCCCAGAUACCAUUGGCUGUCAACACCUGGAUCACUUUGCUCUGCGACGUGUGGUGGAGGAUAUAAGAUGUCGUUAGCAGUGUGUCGGGAUCGUCUCACAGGACUCGACGCUCCAGAAGAAUUAUGCGAUGGUUCGAGCAAGCCCCCAUCCGCUGUUGUACGGUGUAACACACACCCUUGCCCAUUUAAGUGGUACGUUGGUGAAUGGUCUUCAUGCAGCGUGACGUGUGGGGGUGGAGUGAGAAAUAGACGCGUGCUCUGUGCGAGAUCAGCGAACAUCACUCGCACAGACACUUACGAUCCAGAAACCAGUUCAGAACCAGGCUGCAUGACCCCCGCUCCGAGAGCAUCUCAACCGUGCAAUGAACAUAAUUGCCCAAUUUGGGUUGCUGGACCGUGGUCUGGGUGCUCAGUAUCUUGUGGAGAAGGAGUUCAAGUCCGUGGUGUGGAAUGCACUCCAGCAGGUGGUGGCUGUGACCCAUCCACCAGACCAGAGAUAACUAGACCCUGCUCUACUGGAAUCAGCUGUCCUGCUUAUAGAGAAGCUGAAGAACCCGAGGAUGAUAUUGAAGAUCUUUUACCUGGAGUGGUGUAUCAUACACAGCCUUUAAUACAGCCUUACCCACCUCCUCAAGCAAAAGCUGAACAGCUCAUUGGCGAACCUGACGUUCCGGUUGAAGCCACCAAUUACAAAAUAUUCUUUGCGUGUGGCUGGUUGUAUGUAAGUUACAUCAAAGAUGAUGAUUGGAGUCCGUGCAGCGUAACCUGCGGCGAAGGUUGGAGAAAAAAAGAAGUUCAUUGCAAAAUAUUCUUAGAAUUCAGUCGUACAAUUGCAAAGUUACCUGAUAGCAAAUGUAUGGGUCCAAAACCGACCGAAGAGACUGAAAGAUGCGUUAUGGAACCAUGCUCAAUGGCUUACGGAACUUCAUUUGGAGAUUCUAGUGCACCAGCAUAUAACGGGGCUGACAGCAGAUCACUUAUCUUCGGUACAUCAAGUAACAUUAGAGUGGCACCUGGAUCACCUGGGAAAUCCUAUUCGUGGAAAGAAAAGGGAUACACAAGCUGUAGUGCAUCGUGCUUAAGUGGAGUUCAAGAACUCAUCAUCCAAUGUGUUCGAGAUGAAGACGGCAAGAACGCAUCACCAUACAUGUGUGACCCACACACGAAACCGGAGAACCGAGUUCGCACCUGUAAUGAUCAUCCUUGCCCGCCGCGGUGGAAUUACACGGAGUUUUCUCAAUGCACCAAGUCGUGUGGAAUCGGUAUUCAGACUCGAGAAGUCACAUGCAUUCACGAGGUAACCCGAGGUGGAACAAACACAGUGGUCGUACCAAACAGUAUGUGUCCACAACCACCGCCACCAGACAGACAAUAUUGUAACGUCCUUGACUGUCCUGUUCGAUGGCACGCUGCUGAAUGGUCGAAGUGCUCCAAGACUUGUGGUGGUGGCAUGAAGCAAAGAGAAGUGAUAUGUAAACAAAUUAUGGCGCAAUCUCACGUGGUGGAGCGUCCAGCGUCUCAGUGCAACUCCCCGCGACCAGCUAUCACCAAGUCUUGUAACAGCCGACCAUGUUUAUUGGAUACAUCAUCUCCAGAAAUAUCUUUGGCGAAUUCUUCAUAUAUUCAGCACGAUCCGAAGAAGAAAAAAGUGACCGUAAAAGUCGGCGGUUCAGCGACAAUAUUUUAUGGAACGCAAGUAAAAAUCAAAUGUCCAGUGAAGGGAUACAAUAGGACGAAGAUCCAGUGGGCGAAGGACCAUCAAAUUAUUACGAAGUCGAAGAAAUACAAAAUAUCUAAAAAGGGCGCUCUUCGCAUUACGUCUCUUUCUCUCCGAGAUCAUGGAGUCUACACAUGCGUGGCGGGAAGAUCCAGUGCUAAUUUAACUUUACUUGUAAAACCAAGACCUGGAGAGUUUCCAUCGAGUGAAGAAAUUGAAAGGCAUAAAGCCUUGGAUGAACCAUCGUCGCCACUUUCUGAUAGAGCUGAUGGUCGGUAUCGAGCCAUGAUAGGGGGAAGAUCAGAUGAUCAGUCGCACGAGCAACGCCCUCCAGACCAGAAGAAAAGCUAUAAGAAUCGACAGAAAGGUAAAAUAGAUAAGGUCCGGGAUGCACUGUACGGGAAUGCUGGUACCACAAGCACGAAAGCCUCACCGAGCUACAAUUCACAAGCCCGAGACAUCUACGAUGAAAACGAGAAGACUGCCGUAUCGUCUCAGAUGCUUCCACCAAAACGAAGUGGUGCCUCCAGGUUAUUGCCGUGUCUGCAUUACCUUGUAAUGCAACUACAGAUGUUUUGGAAUUUUCAGACCAUUGGCAAUUCGAGAGGUCAGAGAAUGGUGGAUCCAAUUAUGAUGUAUCAAAAUUAUGGCACGGCAUCGCAUGUAAAAGUUGUCAACCUUGAGGAUAAACAAAUAGUGGUUCCAGAAGAUGAUGAUUCUGACAUCAUUAUAGUAAAUGAGGACUAUAUUAGAAACACUGUUGACGAAGCAAGAGUUGAAAGUGUUAAACAAAAUAUUGGUGACUUAGUGGAAACUACAACGGAGUCGGAUAAUAAGGUCACAACAUUCGACACAAAUGAAUACACGUGGAAGACCACAGAAUGGUCAUCUUGCAAUGCUCCAUGUGGUCAAGUUGGCCACCAAAUAAGAGGUGCCGUUUGUCAUCACAAACUACCGAACCAGACGACUACAGUCGAAAUUGACGAGUGUCUGUCAAGAGGUCUGACACCCCCGACCGUGCUACGUGACUGUGCCAGCAAUAGCUGUGCUUCGUGGAGAUCUGGAUCUUGGUCAGCAGUUAAUUGCUUGUCUUCUGGAGCUGCUAUAGUUCGUCGUCGCGUUGAAUGCGUUUCUGACAACGGAACAGUAAUGCCCGAUUCAGCCUGUGUCUACAGUCAACAACCCGAGAAGUCGAAGAGAGAAGCCCAAUCUUGUAAACCAGUUUGGGCUGUGGGGCCUUGGAGUAAGUGCAAAGGACCUUGCGGGCAAGGCUUGCAGCACCGCGUGUUGCGCUGCGUGUGGCGCCCGAGCGCUCCGGCCGGGGCCCGCGCGCGCCGCCGGCGGGAGCGCCGCGCCGCGCUCUGCCCGCGCUCGCGCCCGCCCGUUGCGCGCCCGUGCGCCGACCACGACUGUGUUCAAGAUGGCGUUUGCAGAGACAUGUCGAGGUUUUGUGAAAACGUUCGCGCAAUGAACAUGUGCGCUCUCAGACGGUAUAAGGAGCAGUGUUGCAAGACGUGUGAAGACUAAAUUGGAACAUUUGACUGAGGGAGGCUAGGAUAUGUGACUUUCAGUGAAAAAGCUAUUUGCGUCUCGAAACGGGUUUUAUUCUUAUAUGUAAAAAGUUUAGACUGAAAAAGAUCUUAUGUACAUUUUAGUAUAUUUUCGUGCGUUUUUUUUAAAUAAAACUUAUGUUUAAUUUUUUCUUAUCUUUGAUGAAAAUAUGUUUUAGUUUCCAAAUUAUUAUUUUUUAAAUCGACUGUGACCUAGUAUAUAUGAUAUGCAUAUAAAAUGGAUUGUCUGUCGUUGUGAGCACGAGAUAGUUUCUAGUCGUGAUAGCACUAUAAGAAAUAUGAUCACAUGAGUAAUAAUAAAUGUCUCUUUUAUCAAUUAUAAAAUUAUAAAUCGAAUAAAAUAAGAAUCGAUUUUCAUAAAUUUGUAUUAUGGUUUUUAAUAAGUCCAUAAGUUAAACAACAUAUUCUACCCAAUAACUGCAAUUUUAGCAAAAUCAAUUCUAUGAAGAAAUCAAUAUAUUUUUUAUUUAUUUAUUGGUUCACAAAUAUUUUUUAUCUGUGUUUAUUUGAUUUUAUACGA